CUUCUAGACUGUCAGCUUCUGAUGUACGGCGGAUUCAUCUGGACGUGAGUGGAAUUCGGUGAGGAAAGGAAUCGUUUCGCUAACGCAGUUUUCUUGUUUCAGUUUUUUAGUUUCUUGCUCAGAUCAGCACCAGUUUGUGAGUGAUGGAGAUGCGUGACAACACUAAUAACUCCAUGUUCCUUACUGGAAAUGUGUCCGUGCCUGCAAAGACAGUGUACGAGACGUGCAGCCACAUGCCCGAGAUCAUCCUCUUCUACUUGGGCAUGCAGAUUAUUAAUAUGUUCAUGGGCAUCCCGACUAACCUCAUGGUCCUGUGGAUGAUCCGCCGCAACCGGAGCGACUCGUCCACGUCGGACAUCUUCAUCUGGCAUCUGGCUAUGCUGGACACGUUCUUCUGCCUCAUUCCACCGCUGGAACUGGCCAACCUGCUGUACCUGACCACCAGCAGCACCUGGUACGUGCUGCGCUUCUUCUACGGCAUCAAGGAUUCGUCACCGCUUUUCCUGGCAUGCAUCUGCAUGGAUCGCUACAUGGCCGUGCGCCAUCCCAUCGUCUUCUCGAACCUGAAAGACCGAAGCCAUCGCCCCGUGUGCGCCGGCGUCGUGUGGUUCAUCACGCUGGUGUAUGCAGUGCUGAAGUGCCUGGGCAACAUCCCCAAUUUCAAUAAAGUGUUCACAGUCAUGAUCCUGGCCACCUUUGUGUUCAUGCUUUUCUGCAACAUCUCCAUCCUGUUGGCACUGGGCCAAUCCGGUCCGGGCAGAGACGACAUGCAUCCGGUCAAAAAAAGAGCCUUUAAGAUGGUGCUCAUAAUUUUAGCCAUCAUAGUUUUUAACUACUUCCCUCCUGUAGCUCUCUUCCCAUUUCAGUCCUAUUUCUCUCCUGAUGUGUUUACUUGUUAUAUCCAUUACAUAGCUUUCGGGUUCAUGGACAUCAGCAGCAGCAUUCAGCCCGUCCUCUACCUGUCCAAUAAGAAACCGCAAUGUCCAUCAUGGUGCUGUGGGUGCUGCAGCACUAAAGAUACCGAGACUGGAAAAACAACCGAGUCGUCCACGGUAUGCACUACGGUCGGAUAGACGGUCCUUGUGUGUG